AUGGUUCUCCUCAAGUGUGGCAUGGCCCAUGUGGUGGUGAAGAUGCUGUUCACCGUGGUGCUGCUGUUCGCGGUGUGCUGGCUACCGUACCACGCGUACUUCCUGUACGUGUCGCACAACCCACAUGUGGUCUACUUCGACCACAUCCAGCACGUGUACCUGGCAAUGUACUGGCUCGCCAUGUCGCACGCCAUGUGCAACCCCCUCAUCUACUACUGCAUGAACAAGAGGUUCAAGGCCUACUUUCGCGCCUUCGUGUGUGGCCCCUGUUCCUCCAAGCCCGCCAGAGCCAAAGGGCGGAGAGGCCGCCAGGCCCGGGUGAGGACAUUGCGGUGCGGCUCCGGAAAGUGGACGCAGAGCUUCAGCCUCAAGAGUGGCAUCAAAUUCCCAUCCUCUCCGGAGGAUGGGGAACCGCGUCGGUCAAGCAGAGGAGAGCCACUCGUAACUGAGGACGACGGCCGCGGCUGA